UUUGGAUACCGAAAGAGCUGGUUCCGAAGGUCCUGUUUCAAGCACAUAACAAUCCCUUGUGCUCGCAUGGAGGCAUCCACAAAACGAUCGAAAGAAUUAGGCGUUACUAUUUUUGGCCAGGUUUGGUGGCUGACGUCAAGGCAUAUAUUAACGCCUGCGAGGUGUGUAAGACCACAAAAGCGCCUAAUUAUGCACUUCGACCGCCAUUAGGGAAAGCGCCUGAAAGUCAGCGGUUCUUCCAACGACUCUACAUAGAUUUUCUUGGGCCCUAUCCACGAUCGCGAAGCGGACAUAUUGGAAUAUUUAUUGUUCUUGACCAUUUUUCCAAAUAUGUUUUUCUGAAACCCGUUAAGAAAAUAAACGCAGCACUUGUCAUAAAAUAUCUAGAGAACGAAUUAUUUAUGACUUUUGGAGUUCCGGAGACAAUUGUUUCCGAUAAUGGAUCCCAGUUUCGCUCAGAAGCCUUUCAAAAGCUGUUGCGUCAGUACGAAGUAAAUCACGUGCUGACCGCAGUUCACUCGCCACAAGCAAACGCCUCAGAACGAGUAAAUAGGUCGGUUAUAUCUGGAAUUAGAGCUUACUUGCGCCCUGAUCAGAAAGAUUGGGACGAAGUGUUGUGCAAAAUCAGCUGUGCAUUAAGGUCCUCUAUUCACUCUAGUAUAGGAACCUCGCCCUAUUACAUGGCGUUUGGACAGCAUAUGAUCACUUCUGGGUCAACUUACGGAUUGCUAAGGAAGCUAAAUUUGCUGGAUGAUCGCUCUUUAGCGUUUAAUCGGCAGGACUCGUUUGACUUAAUUCGCGAUGAAGCCUCUAAACUCAUGUUAUUAAAGCACGAGCAAAACGAACGGAAGUAUAAUCUUCGUUCGAGAGAAGUUUCUUUUACUACCGGGCAAGAAGUGUACAGAAGGAACUUUAAGCAAAGUUGUUUUCAAACCGGGUACAACGCUAAGUUUGGGCCCGCCUUCGUUAAAGCACGAGUGAGGAGGAAGAUAGGCAACUCGUAUUAUGAAUUAGAGGAUCUGCAGGGCCAGUUGUUGGGAAAUUAUCAUGCUAAGGACAUACGGCAGUAAGUUUGCUUCAGGCGGAGUCAGUCUAGGGUACCAUUACAAUACCCUAGCCUGAUUCUAGC